AUGUUUCAGGAGUUGGUAGGGGCGCCUUUCCGUCUUUGGUGGUGUGGUUUCGUCACUGAUGUAGUCGCUGCUCUGGUGGGCUCAACCGUUUCUCUUGUUGUGGUUGUUAUGGCGGAAGUUGGUGGCGUUUUGGUGGGUUUCGCAGUGUUGAUUCAGUGGUUAACAACGGUUCCUAUGAAUCUGUGUGGCCGUCGUGGAGUUCGUCUUCAGAGGGUUGGGUGA